GGUUACUCUGAAGCUGCAGCCACUGUUCAAGCGAUCCAUCACCUACACAACGAUGAAUGAUUCAAACUUGGGAGAUCAAGUGGCUAGCUUUGGCAACCAUCACGAGUUUGCAGACCUACAAUGGUUCCCAAGUCAGCAAGAGGUGGUCUACCGGAUUGAUGAUCGAGUCUCCUCCAAUCGGUCAGGCAAUGGUCUCAAUGACUUUCCUGGAUUUCGCUCCACAUCUUCACUUGUAUCGGGAAUUCUAAGAGGCAUAGAGGAGAAUCAAGAAUCCAGAGGUGAUGUCGAUGGAAAAUGCACCAAUGCCAAACUUGUUACAUCUGCAUUGAGGACUACUGCGUUUGGGUUGACAAACAAUGGUAUUCUCUUUAUCGGCUAUCCUGUUGUGGGAUACCAAAACCGCCUCCAAGCCUCGGGGACCUGUCUUGAUAGUCUUGAGGACGCACUAGUCACGAGUUGUACAUGGGAUCCUCGAGUUAAAGGUUUAUUCUUUCACCAAACUACGUUCAGCAUUGGCUUGUCAAAGGUUAGGGGUUUCAUUGAAGACGUUCAGAAGUUGGUAGCUUCGGAGCCUAAGGCCAUGUGUGGCGUGGACCUCUACAAUGGUAUACUAAUGCGAUAUGUCACAGCUUCAAGUGCAUAUUUGGGAAAACAAGAAGACGCAAUAGACUUUGAUAUUACAUACUACAGAAGCCAUGACCCCAUGAGCCCUAGACUCUACGAAGACAUACUCGAAGAGGUUGAGCAGCUUGGAGUCUUCAAGUAUGGAGGCUUGCCACACUGGGGGAAGAAUCGGAACGUGGCUUUCGAUGGGGCGAUCAACAAGUACAAAAAUGCAGGAGAGUUCUUGAAGGUUAAAGCGAUGUACGAUCCAUUGGGGCUAUUCUCCAGUGAGUGGACAGACCAGGUUCUUGGAAUGAAAAGUGGAGUGACUAUAGACAAGGAAGGGUGUGCUUUGGAAGGCUUGUGUAUAUGCUCACAAGACAUUCAUUGCGCCCCAAAGAAGGGCUACUUUUGUCGACGAGGCAGAAUUUACAAGGAUGCAAGGGUCUGCACCACCCAUUUAAGUUCCAUAAAUAUGUAAACCUAUUUAACAACCCUACCAGCUGUUUGCUUUGGCCAGUUGGAACAAUGUCUAAAAUAUAUAGGAGUUGAUUUACU